GGUAAAUAAGUGGUGAUGCGGCCACAGUAAGAAAGGAAGACGAUUUUUUUUUUCUAAAUUACGUUGGUAGUUUAUAUUGACUAAAUUAUGAAAUGAUUUUGUCGUGAGGACAUAUGGCCGUUAACUGAAGAUAAACAGAAUUUCGAGGCAUGCGUCGGAAUACGCUGCUGUUUGAGAAGUUUCUAUUUUCUUUUCCACCUGAGUGCUCAGCGCCGCGGCGGCGCUUCAGUGGCCGGGGCUGGAUGUUCGUCCUGCCGUGCAUCACCGGGGUAGACCUCGCUCACUGAAGAUACAAACGGGCUGCAGUGGCGGAUCCUUCACUAAACACUUCGAUUAUGCGAGUAACACUUCGCCUCGGACCAGAUCGGAUGCGUUCCCGCGAUCUUCUUUUAAUGAAUGAGGAUCAUAGUCCCUUGUUUGCUCCCUUUAAAGAUGAGGCGGAUUGCCGGACUGGGGGAUCGUGGCCGCCGCUCUAGGAGAAGUCCUGAUAGCCGAGUUCACUUAUCCCUGCUGCUUUCUUGAAAAAAAUAAAACAAAACGGUUUAAGGCGAUGGGAUCAGGGAUGACUGGAUUACAAAGCAUGGAUUGUAAACAACGCACGAUGCUGCUGGGCUGAUUUUACGUUUGGUGGAAUAAAACAAUCAUUGUCACAGAUCUGCUUAUUGUUUUAUAUGGUUGGCUUAUUUUUUUGUUUUAUAACUUAACCUUUUUUGGGGGGGCGCCUGAUUUAUCUGCUAUCACAGCUGUUUGCCCGGCCGUAGCCUACGCGGGGAGUUGUGGGGUCGUCCCUGGUUUUAGGGCCUCUUGCCCGGGGAAGCGUCGACACCAUGGAUGCAUAAACUGUUUAAAUUGCGCCAAACUCCUUGUGUGGAGUUUUACAGUCAAUCAUUACUUGGAGUCCUUCAGCCCUGUCAAGAAAAUAAAGAAACUCUCGACUACGAAACUUAAGAGACUUACAAGCAUGCAUUGUGUUUUCGAUGGAAGGACAUUCAGGACUCGGCUUUUUAUUAGGACAGAAGAGUGAAAAUGCGUGUACACACCUACAGGGGCAAUCUGGGGAGUUACAAGUGUCAGGGCAUGUCUGUCGUUUCAUAAGCUAAUUAUGUACACUGGGGACACACGUUAGACCCGCGACCUUUUUAGUCGACUUUUAUUAUAUUAAAGAACGAAGUCUGAACGAACAUUUCAGCGAACCAUCAUGUCUGCCAUCGCCGAAUUUGUCCCCCCACCGGAGUGUCCUGUUUUCGAGCCCAGCUGGGAGGAUUUUUCGGACCCACUGGGUUUUAUAAACAAGAUACGGCCCAUUGCCGAGAAAACUGGCAUCUGCAAAAUCCGACCCCCCGAGGACUGGCAGCCCCCGUUUGCCUGCGACGUGCGGAACUUCCGCUUCACUCCACGCGUCCAGAGACUAAACGAGCUGGAGGCACUGACCCGUGUGAAGCUCAACUUCCUCGACCAGAUCGCCAAGUUCUGGGAGCUUCAGGGCUCCCGACUCCGUUUCCCGCACGUGGAGAGGAGGAUCCUGGACCUCUAUCAGCUCAGUAAGAUCGUGUCUGUGGAGGGCGGCUUUGAGACUGUCUGUAAGGAGAAGCGAUGGUCCAAGGUGGCCAACCGCAUGGGUUUUCCCCCUGGCAAAGGCACGGGCUCCCUGCUCCGCUCUCAUUUUGAGAGGAUCCUCUACCCCUACGAGCUCUUCCAGUCUGGUGCCACGCUCACGGGGGUCCACAAGCUGUAUGAAGAAGAAGGGGAUGGAGAGGAAGUGGACGAGGGAAUGGAGAAAGACGAGAGAGCGGAGGAGGUGGAGGAGGUAGAGGAAGAGGAGGAGGACUCUGAUGGCCUGUGUGACACGGUGCAGGGCAGGACACGCCCCCUGCCUGAGAGGCGGUCCCGGCGGCUGAAGUCUGCUGAGAGGGAAAACAAGGAGCCGAAAGUUUUGCAGAUCUUUGGUGGGAGCCCUAAGAUGGUGGGGCUGGAGAUCGUACCAGCUGAUGGUGGCUUCAGGAAGCAGCGUAACCUUAAGGCCCAGGCCUUUGCCAUCAAGAUGCAGCAGAGGAAAGAGACACUGGAGGUCAACUUUAUCGACCUGUACAUGUGCCUGGCGUGUGGCCGCGGCGACGAGGAAGACCGUCUCCUGCUGUGCGACGGCUGCGACGACAGCUACCACACCUUCUGCCUCAUCCCGCCCCUCCAGGACGUGCCCAAGGGAGACUGGCGUUGCCCCAAGUGUGUGGCAGAGGAGUGCAGCAAACCACGGGAGGCGUUUGGGUUCGAGCAGGCAGUGCGGGAGUACACCCUUCAGAGUUUCGGGGAGAUGGCCGACCACUUCAAGUCUGACUACUUCAACAUGCCCGUCCACAUGGUGCCCACCGAGCUGGUGGAGAAGGAGUUCUGGAGGCUGGUGAGCAGCAUCGAGGAGGACGUGAUCGUGGAGUACGGGGCCGACAUCAGCUCCAAGGAGGUGGGCAGUGGCUUCCCCAUGAGGGACUCCAAGAGGAGGCUGCUGUCAGACGAGGAGGAGUACGCCAACUCGGGCUGGAACCUGAACAACAUGCCGGUUCUGGAGCAGUCGGUCUUGGCACACAUCAACGCCGACAUCUCCGGCAUGAAGGUACCCUGGCUCUACGUGGGCAUGUGUUUCUCCUCCUUCUGCUGGCACAUCGAGGACCACUGGAGCUACUCCAUCAACUUCCUCCACUGGGGUGAGCCGAAGACGUGGUACGGAGUCCCUGCGCACGCUGCCGAGCAGCUGGAGGCGGUGAUGAAGAAGCUGGCCCCCGAGCUCUUCGACUCCCAGCCCGACCUGCUGCAUCAGCUGGUCACCAUCAUGAACCCCAAUGUCCUCAUGGAGCACGGAGUCCCGGUGUUCCGGACCAAUCAGUGCGCAGGGGAGUUUGUGGUGACCUUCCCCAGGGCCUACCACAGUGGCUUCAACCAGGGCUACAACUUUGCAGAGGCGGUCAAUUUCUGCACUGCGGACUGGUUGCCCAUGGGCCGUCAGUGCGUGGCCCACUACCGCCGACUGCAACGCUACUGCGUCUUCUCACACGAGGAGCUGCUGUGCAAGAUGGCGGCUGACCCCGAAAGCCUGGACGUGGAGCUGGCCGCCGCUGUCUUCCGGGAGAUGGGAGACAUGUUGGGGGAGGAAAGUCGGCUCAGGGAGGCGGUACAGCAGAUGGGGGUGCUGUCCUCCGAGCAGGAGGUGUUUGAGCUACUCCCAGACGACGAGCGUCAGUGCUACAAGUGCAAGACCACUUGCUUCCUGUCGGCGCUGACGUGCUCCUGCAGCCCUGAGCGACUCGUGUGUCUGCACCACUCUGCUGAUCUCUGCGACUGCCCCCUGGCCAGCAAAUGCCUCAGAUACCGGUACACCCUGGAUGAGUUCCCCUCAAUGCUGCACGGAGUCAAGUCACGUGCGCAGUCUUAUGACGCCUGGGCCAGGAGGGUCACCGAAGCCUUGGCCGCUGACCAGAAGAACAAGAAAGACCUGAUAGAGUUGAAGGUGCUCCUGGAAGAUGCAGAAGACAGGAAGUACCCGGAGAACAACCUGUUCCGACGCCUCAAGGAGAUGGUGAAGGAGGCCGAGAUGUGCUCCUCCGUGGCCCAGCUGCUGCUGAGCCGCAAGCAGAAGCACAGGCAACGGCCGGAGAGCGGCCGAGCCCGCAGCAAGCUGACGCUGGAGGAGCUGAAGGCCUUCGUGGAGCAGCUCUUCCGGCUGCCAUGCAUCAUCAUCCAGGCGCGUCAGGUCAAGGAGCUGCUGGAGAACGUGGAGGAUUUCCACGAGCGAGCGCAGGCGGCCCUGGCGGACGAGACGCCCGACUCCUCCAAGCUGCACGCGCUGCUGGAGCUGGGCGGCGGGCUGGACGUGCAGCUGCCGGAGCUGCCGCGUCUCAAGCAGGAGCUGCAGCAGGCGCGCUGGCUGGACGAGGUGCGGCUGGCGCUGGCUGAGCCCCAGCGCGUCACGCUGGAGGUCAUGAAGCGCCUCAUAGACUCGGGCGUGGGCCUGGCGCCGCACCCCGCCGUGGAGAAGGCCAUGGGGGAGCUGCAGGAGAUCCUGACCGUGUCAGAGCGCUGGGAGGACAAGGCGCGCACCUGCCUGCAGGCCAGGCCGCGGCACAGCAUGGGCACGCUGGAGGGCAUCGUGACGGAGGCCCGGAGCAUCCCUGCCUACCUGCCCAACGUCCUGGCCCUGAGGGAUGCGCUGCAGAAGGCCAAAGAAUGGACGUCGAAGGUGGAGGCCAUCCAGGUAACGGAGAGACGCUCAGAUACGCCUCACAUACGCUCAGGUUAUGGCUGCGGUUCCCCAGUUAUAAGACUUUAUUGUCCCAGUGGGAAAUCCGCCUUGGACGUCACAGGAUCCACCCACUGGCCACAAGGGCAGGUAGGGUGGUGUCGCAAAGAGACGAGGUGACCUAUCCUGCAGGUGCUGAGCCCCCGCGUGGAUAUCGGGGUUUACGGAAACAGCAAGAGCAAGCGGAAGAGGGCCAAAGAGCUGCUGGAGAAGGAGAGGGGCCUGGAGAUGGAGGGCCUGAGCGACCUGGAGGACGGCCUGGACGAGGUCCGGGAUCCGGCCACGGUGGUGGCAGCCUUCAAGACCAAGGAGCAGAAGGAGCUGGAGGCCAUCCACUCGCUGCGGGCGGCCAACCUGGCCAAGAUGGCGAUGGCGGACCGCAUCGAGGAGGUCAAGUUCUGCCUGUGCCGCAAGACGGCCAGUGGCUUCAUGCUGCAGUGUGAACUUUGCAAGGACUGGUUCCAUGGAGCCUGCGUGCCGCUGCCCAAGGCGGGCACCCAGAAGAAAGGCCUAGCCUGGCAGAGCAAGGAGGCCAAGUUCCUAUGCCCGCUGUGCCAGCGUUCGCGACGGCCCCGCCUGGAGACCAUCCUGUCAUUGCUGGUGUCACUGCAGAAGCUUCCGGUGAGGCUCCCCGAAGGCGAGGCUUUGCAGUGCCUGACGGAGCGGGCCAUGAGCUGGCAGGACCGCGCCCGCCAGGCCCUGGCCACCGACGAACUGUCGUCCGCCCUGGCCAAGCUGUCGGUGCUCAGCCAGCGCAUGGUGGAGCAGGCGGCGCGGGAGAAGACCGAGAAGAUCAUCAACGCCGAGCUACAGAAGGCCGCGGCCAACCCUGACCUGCAGGGUCACAUCCAGACCUUCCAGCAGGCCGGCUUCAGCAGGUCCACCUCACCACGCCAAUCCAUGGACUACGACGACGAGGAGACUGACUCUGAUGAGGACAUUCGAGAGACAUACGGCUACGACGUGAAGGACUCCGGUGGGAUGAAGCCCUACUUGUUCUGUGAUGAGGAGAUCCCUGUCAAGUCAGAGGAGGUGGUCUGUCACAUGUGGCCAGCCACACCCUCCUUCUGUGCCGAGCACGCCUACUCCUCCGCGUCCAAGUCCUGCGCACAGAACUCAGCCACGCCCCGGAAACAGCCGAGGAAGACCCCCCUGGUUCCUCGCAGUCUGGAGCCCCCCGUGCUGGAGCUGUCCCCAUCGGCCAAGACCCAGCUGGAGGAGCUGAUGAUGGUCGGUGACCUGCUGGAGGUCUCCCUGGACGAGACCCAGCACAUCUGGAGGAUCCUACAGGCUACGCACCCGCCCUCAGAGGAACGCUUUCUGCAGGUCAUGGAGCCUGAGGACACUGUCCUAGAGAAGCCAGUGAAGCUGAAGCCACGGGACCCAGAGAAGAAACGCAAACGGAAGCUGGAGAAGGCAGAGCAGCUGCUUCUGGCAGGCGGCGAAGGCCGACCCAAGUCCAAGGACCUGAAGAAGGUCGAGGGCAAGCCCAAGAAGAAGAAGCUGAAGCUGGGCCCCGACAAGUCCAAGGAGCUGAAGCAGCUGGCCAAACGGCUAGCCAAGGAGGAGAAGGAGAGAAAGCGCAAGGAGAAGGCGGCCGUCAAGGCCGAGGCGGCCAAGGAGAGUCUGGAGAAGAAGCGGGAGAAGAAGGUGCUGGACAUCCCAUCCAAGUACGACUGGUCUGGCGCUGAGGACUCCAACGAUGAGAACGCCGUGUGCGCGGCCAAGAACUGCCAGCGGCCGUGCAAGGACAAGGUGGACUGGGUGCAAUGUGACGGCGGCUGUGACGAGUGGUUCCACCAGGUCUGCGUGGGCGUGUCCUGUGAGAUGGCAGAAAAUGAGGACUACAUCUGCUCGGCCUGCUCCCGCAAGGCGGUUAUGGGCGGGGCCGGGAAGGCGGGGACAGAUGUUGCCGGACAGGCUCCGCCCCCGUGCACCUUGCAGAUCCUCCCACCCACCGCCCAGCUACAUCUGCAGGACAGCAGCUAACGCAGAGAUGCCAGGGUGCCCGACCAGCCCAAGGGUGGCCCAGUGCUCCUUUUGUAAUUAUAAACCCAAGUUUGACUUGAUAGACAAGAUCAUUGGACUUGCAUCUAAAUGAACGCACAGAGUCGAGAUCCAUGUACACACCAGGGAAGGCCUCCAGGUGUGGCUGCAGAUCAUUCUAGAAGAACGGUCACCUCGCCUGCACCUCCUCACCCCUGCUCUAGGGAUAAGAGCUGAACCCUACAACCCAAAAUGAGUUGACUCCGGUGUUACGCUGAGAGAAUAUCGCAUCACAUGGAGACGUACACGCUGCAUCGAGAUGAUAAACCGGAUAUACCUGCUCUACCACGCUGAGAGGCAAUGGCUUCUGGCCUGGUUCUCAUCAUGAAAUCACUCACACAUUUCACCCGCAGCCGCAAUCCUGCCCCGCGGUAUGGGUCAGUACGUAGGACUAGGAGAGUGGUUGUAUGUAGCGAACAUAUUUAUAAUGUAAAUAGGUUUUGAGCAUCGGAAUACCUGGAUGUGGCUUUUUGUUGUUUAUCACCUUUAAUAAACUCUUCCUAGUCAAACCUG